UCGAAAAUGAAGACGAAAAAAAACGAAGGCGCGUUAUGCAUGCACGUGAUAAUAUUCUUCUCCGCGCUCCGCGUUCACCUACGACAGAAACGAUCGGUAUCUCCCGCUAUAGUAUCCUAAGAGCGACGGCGAUGGACCCGAGCUUUGAAGUCGGCAACCCAGAAUUCCAAUGCAUGUUUUACAAGUCAUUUGGUCCUUCGUGCGGCACUGAAAUAAUCCACAGCCAGAAUGUGAACGCGCAGAGGACUCCGUUUCAAGACCUGCAAAACUUUUACCCGCCCACAUUCGCGCACCCGAACCCGCAAGCCACCGUCGUGGUGCCGCAGAAGAACACGCCCCACCGGUGCAGUGUCUGCAACAAGACUUUCGCCUCGGCCAGCAACUUGCGUACACACUCCCUGAUCCAUCUCGGUAAGCGUCCUCACGCCUGCAAGGUAUGCGGCAAGCAGUUCACCGUCUCUUCCAACCUGAAGGCGCAUAUGGUCAUCCACACCGGAGACCGUCGGUUCCGCUGUGCCGAAUGCGGCAAGACUUUCGUCACUUCCAGUCACCUGAAAACGCAUGCUUCCGUCCACACCGGUCGCAAGCCUUACCAGUGCGAAGUAUGUCUGAAAGAAUUCGCGGUUUCCAGCAACCUCAAGUCUCACAUGUUCGUUCACACCGGCGAGCGCCGGCAUGAAUGCAAGGUUUGCGGGAAGCAGUUCUCUUCGUCCAGUCACGUUAAAACGCACAUGCUCACACAUUCCGGCGAAAGGCCCCACCGCUGCGACGUGUGCACCAAGAGUUUCUCGGUGAUCAGCAAUUUGAAGGCGCACAAGAAAAUCCACGCUGGGCAGAAAGAUCACGAAUGCGACGUGUGCAAGAAGCGUUUCUACACCACUAGCGAUUUGAGGUCGCAUCGAAUGGUGCACACAGGAGAGAAACCUCAUCAAUGUUACAUUUGUAUGGAGAGGUUCAGCAAACGUUCCAACAUGAAGGCGCAUGUCUUGACGCACACUGGCGAAAGGCCUCAUUUAUGCGAUUUCUGUAAUAAGCGAUUCUCGAAAGGAGCUAACCUACGUACCCAUGUCAAUAAGCAUCAUCCAAAUGCUUACGUCAACCCGCUCAACCUGGAGGAGCUCCCUGCGGUGGACAGUCCUAAGGUGGAGGAACAAAUGGAGCAGACGGCGAGCUCUUUCACCACCACCACUAUGGAGCAGACGACGACGAAUCCAGAAGCGAAGCCGGCUAUCGAGCCUGCUAUGGAAUCCGCUAGGAACGCUGCGAUGGAGCCAGUCGAAGAUUUCAACGUUCCCUUCGCCGGAGCAUUUCAGGAGUGUGGAAGCGCAAUCCUUGAAGAACAGAACCAGGGACAAUGUUCCACUCACGAAGCAACGGAGGUUACGCCAAAAGAGGAAAAACGGGACGUUUAUGUCCUUUUCUACUCGAAAGAAACGAAGGAGGGAUGAAAUCUACACAGAGUCGUAUGCUUUUGUCGUGAAGAGGAAAUAAAUGGUUACAUUGA